ACGAUUUUUACAGAGAUCGCCAGAACAACCGCGAUAAACAGUUAUUCUACGGGAAUAUCAUGACGGAUCCGCGAGUAUGGCGCGGCAAUACCUACACUCUAUACCGCAAUCUCAAACAGGAGCAGAAACGUCUAUCCGAUAUGGAGCGGGAAAAACGCACCAUCAAAGCCCGUCCGACCUACGAUAACGCCUAUCAUCGGCGGAUGCGAGCCGCCCGGGAGGCGGCGGUCUUCGACACGGUGCCGCCGGUGGCCGGACGCAGUCAUGUGCCGGUGCAGACGGAGCUGUUUCUCCAGGAAGUGCUGGCCAAAAUCCCCGAAGCGGAGAAGGCCAAUCAGACGGAUGAAUUUCUGGAGCGACCACCUUCUCCUGUCUUCGUCCCGGCCAAAACCGGCGUGGAUAACGAUACGCAGAUUCUGGAUGGGGAGUUGUUUCUGUUUGAUGUGGAGGUCAAACCGAUUAUUGAAGUGGUCAAUGGAAAAGUGAUCGAGCAGGCUCUCCUGGAAGUUUUACAAGAAGAAGAAUUGGCUGACAUCCGUAUGCAGCAGAAUAUGUAUCAAGCCAUCAGAAAUUUCGAAAAGGCCGAACAACAGCGAUUAGUUGAUGAAGCGCGUCGUCGCCGGGAAGAAAAGGAAAUGCGAAAACGAGAACGGAUAAUUGUCAUGAAAAAGGAACAGGAGGUGUCGGAGAAGUUAGCUGCGCAUGCCUUUGCAAAAACUUAUCUGGAAGCCUUGAUACCCAAUGUAUUCAGUCGGUUACGCGAAGAUGGACUGUUUGUUAAUCCCGCCCGAGCAGAGCUGGAUAUCCAUUUUGUUCCGUGGCUCAUACGAAAGGUCAGCCACAGUCUGGAUGAAGCCCAAGCUGUUAACUUGCUCAUUCAAGAUUUAGUUAAAGAAGCCAUACAGGAAAACAGAACCGAGAUCGACAAUAUAUGGCACUCCAUGAUAGAAGAAAUGAAUACCCAGUCGGAACCUGUAAAUGUUGAACAACCAGAAAUGGCUGCAGAACCAGCAUUUGAGGGGCCAAUCCCGAUUCCACAAAUACAAAUACCGGAGGAAGAGGACUGAGAUAUCAACGUAAUAAUCCCAAGAGUUUCGUUGUCAAGGAUGUCACGCCUGAGUAUGUACUCGUACUAGUACUGGCUCGCUUUUGGAGUUCCGCCGAAAAUGAUCAAAAAAUGCCACUCAACUCCCUUAACAAGGAUAGUAAGGAAAGUAGAUGGUAGUUACUUAUUGUAAUGGCAGAUGUGUAAUGGUACUCGUAUUUAGUCGUACAACACAAUUCUGUUUUGUUGUGCUUUUCCAGUAACCGAUGCGAUCAUGAAGAUUACGACAGAGAAAUUUUUCUCAGUUAACUGGUACGUUGUUUUGAUCUAAUAGCGCUUGCACUUUGCACUAGGUAUUUUUGUGCGAUAUAAACCUGGGUAGCUGAG